UCACUUUUUCUUUUUAUGCUUUAUGUCUUUAAUGUAGAAAUAGAGAAGGAGAAGUUGUGCUCAUCUGAAGAUGUGGAUGGAGGAGGGGCUGUGGCAACCAAUGCUGGUGGAGGCUCCAGAGGAGGUGGUGGUGGAAGUGGGGGCAGUGGAGGGGUAUCAGCCUCCCUGACCCCAGCCAUUUGGGAGAAGACCAUUCCGUAUGAUGGGGAGACAUUCCACUUGGAGUACAUGGACUUGGAUGAGUUCCUCCUGGAGAACGGUAUCCCUGUGACCCUGGAGGAGGAGGAGCUGCAGAAGACACUGACAGUUGAAGACAAAGGCAAAGACAUUCCCAAGGCUAUUGCAGGAGCUACCACCACCACUCCUACUCCUACUACUACUGAAACAGCUACUCCCACUACUCCUGUUACUGCAGACUCAUCAUCUCCCCCCUCUGCCUCCAUGGCUACCCCAGAUCCAGAGGAACCUGUGACAGUCACCACGUUACAACCGGCUAAGCUAGAAGAAGAAGAAGAAGAAGGAGAAGAAGAGGAAGAGGAAGAGCAAAAAGAGGAAUCUUUGCCUGAGGAGGCAACGCCAAAAGCAGAAGUAAAGAAAGCAGAACGUAACACGCCCUCCCCGAUCGACCCAGACGCCAUUGAGGUGGACAUUAAUUUCCAGCCAGAUCCCACAGACCUGGUCCUGUCCAGCGUGCCCGGGGGUGAGCUGUUCAACCCUCGCAAGCACAGGUUCUCCCAGGAGGAGCUGAAGCCGCAGCCGAUGAUCAAGAAGGCCAAGAAGGUUUUUGUUCCCGAUGAGCAGAAGGAUGAGAAGUACUGGUCGAGAAGAAAGAAGAACAAUCUGGCAGCGAAGCGUUCCCGUGAUGCACGCCGCCUUAAGGAGAACCAGAUCACCGUGCGUGCAUCCUUCCUGGAGCGUGAAAAUGCUGCUCUGAGGCAGCAAGUGGCUGAGAUGCGGAAGGACUGCGGUCGCUGUAAGAACGUCCUGGCUCGAUACGAAGCAAAGUACGGCCCACUGUAAAAAAAAUAAAUAAAUAACAGAAAAAAGGAAAAAUAGAAAACUCACAAUAAAACCCAUGACGAGACAAAAGCAGAACUCCCUUCCCCGCAAAUUUCAACACAGAUAUAAACACCUAAGGAAU